AACUCCCCUGAAUCUUUGUCACCGUAAAGCACGCACGAUAAACUUGUAUAGACUAUAUGCGGCUUCGAUUAUUACAUACGAACAAGCUCAGCCAAGGGAUUCUUUGCUGCGCAAUCUCAUCUUGCUCACUGACUCUCAUCUUCAAGCUAUCAUGUUUUUCUUUCUUCCUCUGAUUUUCGGUUGUCCCACCAAAGUGAAACCAGAUGGCAACGAGCAAACAGCUCACUUAUGCCCCAAGUGUAAUAAUGCUUCUGUAUUCUCCGCAAAGAGCAGGACCUGGUUCGAGUUAUUCUUCAUCCCGCUCAUACCUAUGAACACGAAACAUAUUUGGAAGUGUGGUAUAUGUAACUGGGCAGCGCCUAUGGGUCCUGGUCAAUGGGAACCACCUAUCGCAUAUCAGAAUCCUCAACAAAACUUUGGCCAUAUGCAAGGCCAUAUCCCCUUAAAUGGAUUCCAGCAAGGCUACCAACCUUCCUACGACCAACCUCCGCAUAACUACCCUCCUAAUCAGAAAUGAAGCAUCUCGGACAACAUAAUCCUGGACAUAAUCUUCCUGUAAAAUAUCGCGGACAUUGAAUCUGUAUAUCUACCUUUAUCGCUUGUAUCUGUAUCUCUCGGACAAUGCUUCGAUGGUUCAAACGUCCGAUAUUGUUGGCUUAAAC